UGUGUCUAACUUAUUUAUAUAUAAAUACCUGCAGUGAAAUUUUCUUCAUGAAUGGAAACGCACUUGUUAAAUUUUAGCGUAAAUCUUAAUGGGCCUUUGUAAAAACCAUAUAAACAAUUUGCUUGCAUCAUUCUCAUCGAUGUUUUUCGCUGAAAUUUGCUCUGAAUGAUUGAUUCAGUGUAGUUUUCACAUAGUAUUUUGAUGUCAUGUAGAUCAACGAGUAACUUUGCAGUUUUUAUUAUAAAUAUUAGUCACUACACUGAGCCGUGCAUCAUGACCAAAUGAUCCCAAUUUAAAAUUGAACUUUAAAGUAAUUGGAUCAGAUUUCCGGAAGCAAUCAGACGCCAUGGUGAGAGCUCGGCUUAUUGGAGUCCUUCUCAUUAGUCGCGUGCUCUGUUUGGCCUCCAAUGAAACGUCCACGAACAAUGAUACGCAGAAAACCGGCCGGGCCGUGACCAUCUGGGGUCUUCACACCAAGUGUCCGAUGGCGUUUGAGGAGGCGGGUGGCCGCUGCUAUUUCUUCGGGCGUUUCCCUCUGAAUUGGUUCCGGGCCUUAGAGUUUUGCCACAGCUUCGGCAGCAGCGUGUCUUUGGCCACCAUAGAAACAUCCAGAGAGAAUUUCUUCAUCAAACAAUUCCUAAGAGCCUCUGGAGGUCACGAGACGGGGAUUUGGGUGGGCGGGUCCGACAACGGGCACGACGGCCAGUGGACGUGGUUCCCCACAGGGCAGCUGGUGCAGUACUCCGGGUGGGGACCAUCACAGCCCAGUGGAGGGGACCAGCACUGCAUGUACCUCGUGGGGGGACACCUGAGUUAUCAAUGGGCGGACUUCCAUUGCCUCUUUGAUAUGCACUUUCUAUGCGAAUAUAACGUCAAUGAGGUCACUCCAUGGUAAAGAUUUAUGAAUAAGCAUAUUAGAAUUAGUUUGUAAUUCUAAAUGAUAUUUAUUCCGAAUAUUUAUAGCAUUUUGAACUGAUCAACAAGUCAUAUUCUUUGUCAUUGAGAGGUAAUAGUAGUGAUACUGCGAAUUAUCACCCCUGUGAUAAAAUAAUAUCAUUGCUGUUAUAUGAUCAUCUCAGCGCAAUGAUCACAUGCGGUAAUUCAAUGUGAAAAUGCUUGAUUAACAAAUAUUAAAUGCUGCAUAGACAAUAAUGUUUAUUACAAUUAAGAAAAUUUAUGCGUUAAACUUUGAAUAUAGUCAUCUCUCAUCGUGAGUUAAGCAUGUUUGUUAUCAGGUUAAGCAUGUUUGUUAUCAGGUGUUUACGAGAGACGUUUAGGCAUAUUUAAUUUAUGCAGCAUAAUAUUGUAGUUGAUGUUUUUGACGUGUUACUUGUGUCUGAAUAAUGACAUAAUUUAUUUAUACUAAAAUCCGGAUGUUUAAAUAUAAAAAGAGAGUCGAAGGUAGAUUUAUUGCUGCACACUUAUGAAGAAAUAAAUUGUAAACUGUUAAAAAAAAUAUUCAUGAACAAUUUCCAUGGUUUACAAAACAAUCGAAAGAAAGUAAGCG